UCGUGGUUGGCGCACGCUCAGGGAACGCCCGCCUAGCUGUUGGCUGAAAUCAAAAGGAGCAAGUGCGCAGUGGGAACCAGAGCCCAUAUCCCUGGUGUGCUUGUGGAGACAGGGUCGUGGGAGAAGGUCGAAAGAUGAACUCGGUAUUAUCACGGGCGAACUCACUGUUCGCUUUCUCACUGAGCGUGAUGGCGGCACUCACCUUGGGUUGCUUCAUCACCACAGCAUUCAAAGACAGGAGCGCCCCGGUGCGUUUGCACGUCUCGCGGAUCUUGCUGAAAAAUGUAGAAGACUUCACUGGACCUAGAAAAAGAAGUGAUCUGGGAUUCAUUACAUUUCAUAUCACUGCGGAUCUAGAGAAGACUUUCGACUGGAAUGUUAAGCAGCUAUUUCUUUAUUUAUCAGCGGAAUAUUCAACAAAAAAUAAUGCUGUGAAUCAAGUGGUCCUUUGGGACAAGAUUGUUCUGAGAGGUGAUAAUCCCAAGCUGUUAUUGAAAGAUAUGAAGACAAAAUAUUUUUUCUUUGACGAUGGAAAUGGUCUCAAGGGAAACAGGAAUGUCACUUUGACCUUAUCUUGGAACGUUGUACCAAAUGCUGGAAUUCUGCCUCUUGUGACAGGAACGGGACGUGUAUCUGUCCCAUUUCCAGAUGCAUAUGAAAUAACCAAGAGUUAUUAAAUUUGAAACGCCACAUUUUAUGCUUAAUGAAUUGUAUUUCAUUUGUCUUUACUUGCAUUUUUUCUUUUGCUUUUUACCUUUCGAUUUUUUUUCUUGCUACAACAGCAAACAUCAAAAGGCAUAUUUGAUGUAAAAGGAUAGAGAUUGAACAGAAAAGCACUUUGGUAAUGUGCAGACAGGAAGAUGAUUGAAAGACUAAUUCAUAAUUCAUAUUGGGUUCAAAAUAUCUUGCGAGGCUAUACUAACCAAAACAGCAUGGUACUGGCAUAUAAACAGACACAGACCAGUGGAAUAUAAUAGAGAGCUAAGAAAUAAAUUCAUACAUUUACAUCCAACUGAUUUUUACAAGGGUGCCAAGAACAUAAAAUGGAAAAUUAUUUUCUCUUCAAUAAAUGGCAUUGGGAAAAUUGGAUAUCCAUAUACAGAAGAAUGGAUUAGAUCUUAAUUCACACCAUAUAAAAGAUCAACUCAAAGUAGAUCAAAGACUUAAUUGUAAACAGAAUCUGUGAAAGCACCAGAAGAAAACUAAGAGUUAUUCUUCCUGACAUUGAUCUGGGCAAUUUUUUUCUGGAUAUAAUAUCAAAAACAUAGACAACAAAAGCAAAAAUAGAGAAAUAGUAUUAUACUGAAUUAAAAAUUUUCUGCACAGAAAAAGAGAAAUGAAGAGAGUAAAAAGAGAACUUCAAACCUGCAAACUGUACUUCUGAUAAAUGUUAAUAUGCAAAAUAUACCAGGAAUUCAAAUAAUUCAAUAGCAAGAAAGCAAAUGACCCAAAUAAAAAUGGGAAAAAGACCUUACUAGACAUUUUUCAAAGAAGACAUACAAAUGACCAACAGGUAUAUAAAAAUGCCCAACAUCACUAAUC